AUGAAACCGUUUGGCAAAUAUGCUAGGCUCGGCCACAGAUCGCUAUUCAGCGUUCUUAUCAUUUUUCUGGCUGUUCCCAUUAUCGUCGAAGCAUGCUGGUAUGGAAACUUUAGAGACAGUUGGCAGCCCGCAUUUGUAAAACAAAUUAAAGAAGAGUGCGGAGCAGAUGUGAAAUACCACUGCGACCAACAAUUUGAUGCUGAUAGAUAUACACAAAUGGAAGACAGGGUCCCUUGGUUAGGACAGAAUGUGUUUGCUGCUCUCAUCAAUGGGUUCUAUGAUGACGACAAAACCAUGGCCAAAUUGCUUUUUCUGUACUGGAAAGACAGAUGGAACCUUUGCCAGAAUAUAAAGAAUAUGACACACUUUGGAUGCUCGCGCCACAUGUUUUACAGACGAGAGCCUGAUUUUUUUCCCAGAUACUUAUGGGCCUGUUCAUUCAAUCGCAAUGAAGCCAAAAUGAAUUUGCUAUACAUGUAUGGUUGGGGUUCAGCCACAACGAGUGCACCACAAAAAUAUGUGGGAAAUCCCUUCAAUGAUGGUCGCCUUGGAAACCAGUUGUUCCAUCUGAUCAUCGGCUAUGGGAUUGCCAGAAAACUAAACAGAACUCAGUAUCUUCCAUUUGCGGGAGAACGAAAGCACGCCGAGAAGUACCUUACCUACCUACACAAAAUUUUUCCGCGUUGGACUCGGACCUAUGUUCUUCCUGAGAAAGGCAUCAAAGAAAGGAAGGUGAAAUUUGGCGGAUCCUGGUCCUACGAUGAUCCUUUGAGGCUGAAAAACUUCACCGAUCAAUAUCUGCUGCUAACGCACUACUUUAUGCGGAAUCGCAGAUAUUUUGACGACUAUCUCGAGGAUGUGCGCGAAAUUCUACAAUUUUCAGAAGAAGUGAAACAGAAUGGAAGUAGUGUACUUCGUUCCCUUAAUAAUCACUCUCAUGCAUUAUGCAUACAUGUACGCUUGACGGACUUCGUUGCGCUAAAAAGGUCUACUGAUAUGAAAUCUACAGUAAAAGCUGCGAAUCAGCUUGCUAUAAGGAAGAACAUAUCGCAUUUUAUGAUAUUUGGAGAUGAUCAGAAAUUCAUGAACAAACUAUCAGAGGCUAUUAUAAAGGAAGGUGGUUGGAAGAGUGAUGCUGUGGCUAUUUCUAAAUAUGACGAAUCCAUAGACUUGUAUUUGGCAUCGGUGAUAUGCAGCUCAUUUCUGAUUACCGCCGCUCGCUCAACUUUUGCUUUUUGGCUUGCCUUUUUCGUUCAAGAUCAAAAUGCGGUAUACUAUCUGAAUGUGUCUACAAAGGAUUUGGUAAUGUGA